CAGACCUCUGCAGGCUGCAGUCUGAGCGCUGGAUGGUGGAGCAGUGAGACGCUGUGGACGGCCGCUGAUGGAGCAGAGCUACGGGGAGGUGAACCAGCUCGGCGGGGUGUUCGUUAACGGCCGGCCGCUUCCCAACGCGGUGCGGCUGCGGAUCGUGGAGCUGGCGCAGCUCGGCAUGCGGCCCUGCGACAUCAGCCGGCAGCUGCGGGUCUCCCACGGCUGCGUGUCCAAGAUCCUGGCCCGGUACCACGACACCGGCUCCAUCCUGCCCGGAGCCAUCGGCGGCAGCAAGCCCCGGGUCACCACACCGGCCGUGGUGAAGAGCAUCCGGGACUACAAGCAGGACGACCCGGGCAUCUUCGCCUGGGAGAUCCGGGACCGGCUGCUGUCGGACGGGGUGUGUGACAAGUACAACGUGCCGUCCGUGAGCUCCAUCAGCCGGAUCCUCAGGAAUAAGAUCGGGACUCUUUCACAGCCGUAUGACGGCAGCAAACCGGCCCCGGCCCCGCUGCAGUACGGACACGUCUACCCGUACUCCUCCUACACCGGGGCCGGAGUCACACACACCGGGACCAGGACCGGCAGCGGCCCGGGAGGACACGUCGGCCUGCCGCGGAGCUGGCACAACAUCCUGGGCAUCCGAGCCUUCAUGGACCCGACAGCACUGUCUGGACCUGAUGGACACACGACCAAGAUGGAGGACUGGACCAGUGUGACCAGUAUGAGGCCGUUUCCUUCUGGAAUAAACGGAGUGGAGAAAACCGCCAACGAGCCGGAGCUCAAAUACCCACAGCAGUCUUCGUCCACUCUGCCUGGUUACGUCUCAGCUUGUGCGUACGCUCCACCAAACCAGUACAGCAUGUACGGCGGUCCAGCAGCCAACUACAUGAGCACCGGACACCACCACUGGCAGCCCCAGUCCUCCAGUCUGACUCCUCAGACUCAGGCCCGGCCCGGCCCGGCGGCGCCGCCGGGGCCUGCAGAUUUCCACACGGCAGUUCCUUUUAAACUCCCACAAAGAGACGAGGACAGGAAGGCUCAGAGUCCUCUGUACAAACAUCACGACGCUCACAGAUUGUCUUCAGCCUCAUGACGGCGCUGAGGGAAACACCAGAGGACGAAGACGACGAAGAGGAAAGACUCAAAGUGACUUUGACUGCUGAAGACACAGAGGAGGAAACUGUUACAACUCAUCCGUGACCAACUCCUUCUCAGUCCUUCAUCUAGUGAUUUAUUUCUGUUUCCCAGGAUGAGCGGCACGAGGUGAAGGAAACAUCUGAUCUUUAAAGGAAUAAUUCCACUUUUUGAUAAUAAACUUAUUCACUUUCUCGCAGAACGUUAAAUUAAAACAUUGAUACCACAUUUAUUUUUUGGGGGUCGUGCACUGUAACUAAAAGAUUUGCACAUGACGGCUUUAGUUUUUGACUCGAUGAACAACACGUCCGCAGGCUCACAGGACAGAACCGGUUGAUGUAGACUGAGUACCAGCGACAGGUUAAUUACGUUAUAGAAGUCAUGUGACGUUAAAUGUGUGGGUAACUGGGUUGGGGUUUGGUUUGGUCAUAGUUUGGGUUCGGAACCUUAGACUGCUGGAUUAAAGUCCUGCGUUUGUUUGACCCGUCAUCUGGUAGCCAGACUUUGUUCUGCCGGGCCCGUUUCUUUCUCUAAGCUGAGCUGGCAUCAAUCUUCUGAUCUAACGUGUUUCUCUCAGCUGUUGCUUGAAGCUUCAUCUUUUUUUCAUAUUCUCACCACGAGAGGGGGAACAUUUAAAUUGCUUUGGGAUUGUAUCAUCUUGUAAAAUAUAUUUGGAAAAACCUGUAAAUAUAUUUUUCUAUAAAUGCGCUUAAUAAAGACAUGCAAAAGAAAAGGUAUCGGAGCAUUUACAAGAACCGUCUUCCA